CUUGGAUGACAAAUGUAAACUGGUGUUUCAGACGAUUGUGUCACAUCUCAGGAAGUGACUGUUGAUUCUUUCACUUUCGUUUCUUCUCUGCUAACGCCCGUCUGCCACUUCGUUUCUUCGUUCGCCAUGGCGGUAGUUCAGCUUUCCAUGUCCGCUGAUCAAUAUGCCUGUUCGGUAUGUCUGGAGGUAAUGAAAGAGCCCGUCACCAUCCCGUGUGGACACAGCUACUGUAUGGGCUGCAUUAAUGACUUCUGGGACCAGUCGGAUAAGGAGGGGGUCUAUAACUGUCCGCAGUGCAGGAAAGCAUUUAACGUGAGACCGGAGCUCAACAGAAACACCGUAUUAACGGAUCUGCUCGAGAAAGUGAAAGACGUGCGAGUAGAUGUGAGUUUGUCCGAGAGUUACGCCGGACCUGACGAUGUGUGCUGUGAUGUUUGUCCAGUUAAAAAACUGAAAGCCGUGAAGACCUGCAUGACCUGCUUGGUGUCUUACUGUGACAUUCAUCUCCAACCCCACCGGGAGUCCGGAGCCUAUAAAAGACACAAACUGGAGGAGCCGACCGAAAAUCUGGAAGAAAAACUCUGUGCAAAACACCAGAAAGUUCUGGAAAUCUUCUGUAGGACUGACGGGACCUGCGUCUGCUUACUGUGCGUGGCGACAGAGCACAAGAGUCACGACACGGUGACACCAGAGGAGGAAAGAGCAGGAAGAGAGAGUCAGUUGGAAGAAACAAAGACUGAACUAGAAAAUCAAAUUGAGGAGAAAGAGGAGAACUUGGAGGAGAUAAAGGAGAGCAUAGAAAGGAUUCAGAGUUCUGCAGAGACAGAAGUUCAGGAAUACGAGGAGACCUUCAAGUCUGUCCUUGAGCACAUUGAAAAGCUGAGGUCUGAGGUCAUUGACGUCAUUAGAGAGUACGAGAGGAGGGAAGUGAGAAAGGCUGAAGAGCUCAUAGAGCAACUAGAGAAGGAAAUCAAGGAGCUAAAGUGGAGAGAUGCUGAGCUGGAUGAGCUGUCACAGACAAACGACCACAUCCACUUUUUAAAGAAGUUCCCAUCUUUCUGUGACCCUCCUACAGAGGGAGAUGCACCUGAACUCACUGUGGAUGAAGAUUUUCUUCCUGAGGCUCUCAGGAUGAAUCUUUCUGAUCUGAAGAUGAGUCUGGAGGAGACCAGAGACUGGGAGUUUCUGAAGACCAGUGAGGAGGGGGUUGAAGAUUCAAGCUUCAUACUACAGAAUGUAAGGUUUAGAAAUCGCCUUUUACAAUACUCCUGUCCUCUCACCUUGGAUCCUAACACAGCACAGACAUGCCUCCAAUUGCUAGAUGAGAACAGGAAGGUGACAUGUGACGAGACUGAGACCCCAUAUCCUGAUCAUCCUGAAAGAUUUGACUACUAUGGACAAGUUCUGUGCAGAGAGGCUCUGAGUGGGACUCGCUGCUACUGGGAGGUCGAGUGGACUGGAGACGAGUUUGACAUCGGAGUGACGUAUAAAGGAAUUGAGAGGAAAGGAGAGGGUGACGAGUGUCGCCUAGGAUGCAACGACAAGUCCUGGAGUUUGUACAUCAAUGAUUCCAGUUUCUCUGUGUGGCACAAUAACAUCUGCACUGAUAUUAGCACUCCCUCCAGUCACAGAAUAGGCGUCUAUCUGGACUAUGCUGCUGGCUCGCUGUCCUUUUACAGCGUCUCAGAUAUAGUGACCCUCUUGUACAGGUUUAAUACCUCCUUCACUGAGCCGCUGUAUCCAGCAUUUUGGGUUGGAGAAAACUGCAGUUUAACAAUCUGCACUCUGAGCUCUUCUGACCAGUGACCGGUGUGGUCUGCAGGUCACAGUCCUGGAUAUCCCAUAGAGGUUCAUUUCUGAUUUCAUUCCCGAGUGAAUGGAAGGCUUUUAGGUUGUGGCACACACUGCUGAUUAAAGUCAUGUUAGAGCCAUAUAGCUUUAUAUAGGUGUACUAGCUGAAAUACCCGGCGUUGUCCAGGAGGAAAAUAAAGUGUUUGAGAAAAAUAUAAUUAAAAAAAAACACAACUUUAAAAAUAAAAAAUAAAUGAACAAACAAUGAAGACUCGCUAAUGUGCUUGUAUUGUGCACUGAAGUGCCUUGUUAUAUGUAAUGUUUUUAGUGUUUCCAUCUGUCACCAAUAUAUAAAGGUUCUUAGGACUUCGUACCCUUGAACAGGCCACAUAAAGUUGUCCAUGUGAGGAACACGCGGUGUCCAAAUUGAUUCCAGCAAUUUUCAAUGAUUGUCCAAACGUUCUGAGCGUCAGGUGGAUGAUAACAGACAUACAAGACCGAAUCUCCAGUUAGUCUCUUCCAACUGAAAUUCUUUUACAAUCAAUUAAAGGUUGAAUAUUUUACCUAUAGAAAUAAAUAUUAUAAGUUAAAUAUCAUAGCUAUAUCCGUUCUAUACUUUGCCUUUGAUUUUGAUAACUUAAUUAAAUUAGUUUUUGAUUAUGAAAUUCUUAUUUCUUUUUUACGAAAUAAUUGUAACACCAACACAUUAGCUAUGAUGCUGCGAAACAAAUGACAUUUAGUUCAUUAAUGAAUAAACAAAAAUCACACAAUAAAUAUAGGAAAUUUAUGGUAGAUAAAAAUAAAAUUGCUUACUUAAAUAGCCUAUUUUAAUCAAAAUAUAAUUGCAGAAUACAUUCAAAGUAGUGUAAAAAUGAUGGGAAAAGUGAAGCCUUUUUUAAGGUUUUUUGACAGAUUAAUUUUUGUUUUGUGGUGUAGUAAUAAGUUUUUACAUGCAGAAUUUUUGAUGACAUAAAAAAGUCAAUUAAAUUAAUAUUAUUAUUAGGUUGAUUUAAUUCUAUAACCACUACAACAUUGUUACAAUAAAAAUGCAAGAUGAAAAUAUAGUUAAGGAAAACAAACAUUAAACGACAAACAAAUAAUAGUACAGAUUGUUCAUGAUAAAACUGUCGGUUGCUUUUACGGAGCACAGCAGAAAGGUUCUGAGUGUCAACUCGAUGAUAAAAGACAUACGAGACCACAAGGGGUGGCUUAGGGUCAAUUUCACCCUGCAGUGUUUUUAGUCAGCCAAAGAGAAACGUGUAGCAAGUUUAAUGAAAAUCACUCCAGCCGUUCAGAAGCGAUGCUGGAACAUACAUACAUACACACACACAUUGACUUUUAUAUAUACAGUGGAACCUCAAUUCAUGAACGUCUCGGUACACGUACAACUCGGUUUAUGACCAAAACGUUUGCCAAACUAUUGCCUCGGUUCACGACCACACACUCGGUAUACGAACAAGCCAGUUUCCCUUUCGGUUUGUGCGCGGCAAUGAUUUCCGCACCUGUUGCAUUGUUCUCAGUCAGACGUGUGUGCUUGCGCUGUGAACUCUUUGUGCUCUAUUUCAUUUCCCUUCCGGUUCUUACGCGCCGAUUACUGUGUUUAAGCACGUGCUCAGCCUCUCCCUGUUCAUUGUUCUCAGUCAGACAUGCGUGCUUUACCUGUGAACUGUUUGUGCUCGACAGUAUUUCGUGUGCUUUUGCAGUUAACCAUGGCUUCUAAGCAAGUGAAGAGUGGUGAGAAGAAAGUGUUGCAAUGUUACUUUUCUCUUUUUUUUCAAAUUAUUGUUUUUUUCCAUGUGCUUAAAACUCAUUUAAAAAGAGUGUUUACAGUGAUCGAUCGGGUUGUAAUGCUAUUAGCAUGAACUCCUGCAAUGUUACUGUCU